AUGUCAAUUAGCUUUAAUUCUGUCAAUGCCAAAUUGGCAAAGUAUACUACAAUUCCAAUUGUGACACUCCUAUAUUUGACGUUAACUGUUACAUUGUCUGCUAUAACAUCAUACAUCCGAACACAAUCAUACAACUCUUUAAUUGUCAAUAAUCCGGAUCUAGUAUUUGACGAUAUAGUCAUUCCAUCACUACAGCUGGUACCUUCACAUUUUGUUUUCCACCCCUGGUCUCUUACAACUACUGCAUUUGUGGAGACAUCGCCAUUUCAGUUUUUGUGUGGGUUGGUCAUAAUAUACUUUGGUAUCACAUUCUUGGAAUCACAAUGGGACCCUAGGGCGACUACCGAAGAGUCUAUGGAUGACAUUGAACAGUAUUUAAAGUCACAAGGCCCUAUUCCUGAAACCAUAAAAUUCACCUCUUUUAUUAUUAUUAUUUCUAAUUUUAUUUGCUUGUUAUUGACUUCAUUAAUCCACAUAAUCAAUGGUAACAGCGUCCAACUUAAUAGCCCCCUACAAUAUGGCUUAUUUAUAUUAAUUCUUCCGAUUUCCAUUGUUGCGAAGCAAUUAUUACCUGAAACAAAUAUCAAAGUUUUAUCACUCUUUAAAUUCCGUUUUAAACGUCUUCCAUUCAUUCUGUUAUUAGCCUCGAUGAUUUUAUCAAUGAUUAAGUUGUCUCUAUCCCCAGUGUUACCGGGAGUAGUAUCCUUUUUUGUUGCAUGGUAUUAUCUAAGGUAUAUCCAAAUUUCUCCAGCAAUGAAUGGUACUAUAUUACCUGUAUCUGGUGGUAGUUCAUUAAAUUCAGACACAAUCAGAGGUGAUCCUUCCGAUACAUUUGCUUUAGUUGAAUUUUUUCCAGAUGUGUUGAAACCGACUCUGAGGCCUUUAUUCGAGGGAUUUUAUCAAUUAUCUGUGCUGCUAGGUAUUGUGCGCCCUUGGAAUGACGACGACGUAGAUAUUGGAAAUUUAAGGAGUAACCUGAGGGUUUCUGGCCCAUCGCUAGCCAAUAAACGUACCAACUCUUCUACUUUUAUGAAUACAACGGGUAAUUCAAAGAAUUUGAAAUCGGAAACAGAUGAUGAAAUCGCUGAGAGACGGAAGCAAAUUGCUUUGAAAGUCUUGGAAGAGACCGCUAAUAAGAAGUAA